UUCCCUCACCCCACUCCCACCACCCACACGCCGCUAGCUCCCAACCCACCCGCACCACCCACUUCUGUCCGCCUGCCACCCCGCCUGCCCACCCACUCGCCACCCGACUGCCGUCGAGGAAACAACCUGCAACCGAACCAGCACAACGUUUCCUCGAACAACGAAUUUCCAUCGAGGCACGGCUGGUUCUCGUCACACUGCAACAAAACCCGUAGACGAGGGUUUAUUGUUCCAAGGGUAGUGGGUGACCGGCCAGGGCUAGCAAGAUGGAGGGCAGCGGCGCUGGAAUUAGCAGGCUCGACUGCUACGAGGAUAUGUUCAAGGAGAUAACCAGGAAAUUGUACGGCGAAGAUCCUGAUCAUAGAACCUCCAGCGUGCAGAACGAGUUCGAGACUUCCGUGUCGUACAAGAACGACGACGACACCGGAAAUGGGACCGACGGCAGCGAUGAUGGAAACUGGACCUGCGAGGAGGAGCCAUUGAAAGGCACCGAUGGCAGUCGUAUCGCUGCUUAUCACGCCGGGAAAGCGACGUGGAGGUGCUACGAAUGUGGCGACGUGAUGGGCGGCGGACCACGCGACGUGGCCGAGCAUUUCAUGGAGCUUCAUUCGUCGAGGAUCCUCGCAGACGACAGCAGGACUAGGCACCGCUCGCCAAGGAAAGAUUACCUGCAGGCUGAACUGAAGGUCGAGGACGUGAUUUCUUACCUGGAAAGGCUACGCGAGAGAGCAGAGCGUGUAGCACCGCCGUCCAGGAGGACGCAGGAAACGCAAACGGUACCUGCCGCCCUGUUACCGGUCACCUCCACCUUCCUGCUGCAAGAGUUACCAACCGCUCCGACGCCGCAGCAUUUGCAUCAAAACACCACGACAAUGCCGACGACGGGAACAGUCUCUGCGAGCGGGAAGCGGUAUACCUGUCCGUACUGCCCCUAUGGAACCGACCGUCGUGACCUGUACACCAGACACGAGAAUAUCCAUCGCGAGGAGAAACCGUUUCACUGUUACAUCUGUUACAAGCCGUUCAACCGCGCCGACCACGUGAAGAAGCACUUCUUGAGGAUGCACCGUGAGCACGGUUACGAAUUGUCCAGGAUACGUAGACCAGCUGGGUCCAGCGCGCCCAAGCCGGGUACAGCGAAUAACGGAAACGCGAACGCGAACGGGCAGCAGCAACAGCAGCAGCAACAACAGCACACGAAUUACUCGUCCGGAUUUAACAACAACAAGAAUUACCAGUUGCAACCGAACCCUGGUAACAACACGACCACCAAUGCGGCGGGGAUUUAUCAAGGAACUUCGAUGCCAGCCCCUGGCAUUAUGCAACCGGAUGCGGCGAACUGUGCUACUGGUAGGAGGAUCCAGAAUGGAGGCUGCAACAGUAAGAGCCAUCUCAAGGGAGGCUCUAAAGGUGCUCAGGAGCGGAGGUACACUUGUUGCUACUGUUCCUGGAGCGGCGUAGACAAUUGGUGCUUGAAACGGCACCUUAACACGCACCUGAAGCCGUUUGCGUGCACCCUAUGCGAGUACAAGGCCGCGCGUGCCGAGCGUUUAGCUACCCACGUGCUCAAGGUGCAUAACAGACGGCAAUGCUCGAGGUGCUCGUUCCUUGGCGAAGACGCCACUCAACUGCAGGUGCACCAGCUGCAUGUUCAUCGUGUCAGCAGCGCCAAUGCCCCAGCCACCUCUACAGCCCAAGUUGCACCGCCGCCUAACAAUCGUCAUCAGCAGCCUUUGCACCCCGCGGGAGGAGGACGACCGCCACCUGGUCCACCAGUUUUUCCGGCCCCAGCACCAGCCAUCGCACCUGCUACCACCGUGAUACCACCGACAACAAUACUCGGCUACCGAGCCGUUCCCGAAGCGAGCGAAGGCCAGUCAGCCAGGGAGCCAUCCGAGUGUCCUUGGUCGGCGAACAGUCAGAGGAAGCCGAACGAGAGGCGAUCCAGGAAGCAGAGCCAACCCAGAAAGGUGACAUGGAACCAGGAGUUCGAGGACGAGGACUUGCUCUCGUCCGAGGGGUACAAGCAGGACAAGAGACAAGAAGAGACGAUCUCUAGGCCUGGAAAGCAGACUGUCAGGCUGAUCGAGCUGAAGAAUAGGUAUCGACGUCAGCUGACCAGGAGAAGAUUGCUGAAAUGUCGCCUGUGCCCCGACGAGUCGCCUGCCAGAGGCUCCAUCUGUCGGCCGUAUCACACCAAGGCCUCGCUGGCGCUUCACAAGCUGUGGAGACACGACAGGCUGAAGAAGAGCCCGAAAAACUGGGUACCCAAGGAUGAUUCGUUGUCACAGGUCUCCUCCAUCACGCUGAAGGCCACGGUGUUCACCAGCCCUGGAUACGGAUACCACAGAUAACACUCGAUGUCGAGGGGUACUGCGGCUGAAGUUUGGGGGGGUGGACCUCGGAACGCGCUGGGCUUCGAUCGACUCUGAUCGACGAGGAUGAAAUAUUUUUUUCUAAGAGAUCGAGACUAAUUUUUCUAACGAAAAUAUUGUUAUAGAACCACGGAAAGGGGACGUUACUGUAAGGAGUUCUGUUUAGAGAUUUUCUAGGGACUUUCGGCGAGUUACUAGACCGACCCAGUGCCUUCCGACGUCCACCACUUCGAACGUAGGCUUCCGGAUUCAGGGUAUCCGCAUCGAAGUCGUCGAUGCUCGUUGCGUUUGCCCGUUUUCAAGGGCAUUGAACGAGAGACGGAACGAACGUUCGUUUCUGGGGAAUUUCGGUGUUCCUAACCUAGACUUUGGACCAUGUCCCCGCGAGCUGUUGCGGGAAGGGAUCGAUUUAAUCGGAAAAGCAACGUCUCGCCGAGGAAUCCCGGCGAUAGGUGCAAACAAAACAAACUUUCUCGUAGCCAACGAAACAAUUUUAGAUAGAAAAGAAUUUCGUCGAAGUGGUAGGGACAGCAGUGACAGAGCUUCGCAGCCGAUCGAACCGAGAGGGGAUGAUGAUGAUGAUUCUAUGAAAUCGAGACAGCGAAAUGUUAGCGUUUAAGGAGUAACUAAUCGAAAGUACCUUGACUCGAAUUUUGUCCUCGUGAACGCAUUCACUCGC